AUGAGAGACAAUGGGGCCGAGAUCUUGGCAAUGCUCCAAGCCGCCCCUGUCCAGCCAUGCAGCUUCUCCGCAGCCGUCUCUCUGAAGCCAGACGGUUACGUUCUCUGGCUUCGUCGGUCUUACCAGCAUGCCGAGCGCCCGUUCCCCGUGGAGGCAAUUCAGCAUGCGGUUUGGCACAACAGUGGGUGGAUUUCCUCAGGCCGGUGGGGUGUAUACGGCGGGUGCCAGGGCAUGUGCCAAAUAUCGAUCUGCUAG